CCCCGCGGGGCAGGGGGGUCCCGGUGCUGCCCCCCACGGGCCGGGCCGCGCACUUCCUGGUUACCGCCCGUGCCCGCAGCGAGCGCGGUCUCCAGGAAGUGACGGCCCGCGGCGGGCAGGGCCGCGCCCGGGGAUGGCGGAAGCGGAGGCCAAGAUGAAGCAGUUCGGCGGCGGGGCCGGGGCCGGGCUGGAGGCGGAGCGCGGCCGCUUCCCGUACUGCGUGGUGUGGACCCCGAUCCCCGUCCUCACAUGGCUCUUCCCAAUCAUCGGCCACAUGGGGAUCUGCACAUCCACUGGAGUCAUUCGGGACUUCGCGGGGCCGUACUUUGUCUCAGAAGACAACAUGGCAUUUGGGAAGCCAGUGAAGUACUGGAAACUGGAUCCCAGCAAAGUAUACUCCACCGGUUCCAAUGCCUGGGAUACGGCUGUCCACGAUGCCUCAGAGGAGUACAAGCACCGAAUGCACAACCUCUGUUGUGAUAACUGCCAUUCUCACGUAGCUCUGGCCUUAAACCUGAUGAGAUACGAUAACAGCACCUCCUGGAACAUGGUGAAACUCUGCUUCUUCUCCCUGCUCUAUGGGAAGUAUGUGAGCAUAGGGGGAUUUGUGAAGACCUGGCUGCCCUUUGUCCUCUUCUUGGGGGUGAUUGUGACCGUGGUUCUCACUCUUCAUUUGCGGUGAUGGCAGCUCUGAACUCCCCAUUCCAUGGGCACCCAAAGGAAGAGACUGACCAAUGCAGAGAGGUGGAGGCCUGGCACUCUGGGAGGAGUUUUCCAGGGAAGGUGGCAGCUCCACUCUGUUGUAAACAGCUCCUCUUGAAGCUUCUUUUUCCUCCUGUUUUUGUUCUGUUGGUGGCAUCUCCCAGCGGCAGGGCUUCCGCAGCCGCCUGCUCUCUCUCUUGCUGCAGUCUGGUAGGUAGGGACGCAGCCAGGAGAGGGGAGGGAUGUGUGGGCACCUUCCUUUCAUCACCACGUACAGCCACAAGGCAAACCCUGCCUCCUGGUUCAGGAGCACAAGAUGCCCCUUGUAAGGUUCUCUCUGGUUGCUUCCUCUGAGCAGAGGUCAUCAGAUGCUUCCUCAGUCUGCACCAAGGAGCUGUUGUCUCCCUGUUGCACAUUUACAGGUGGAGGUGUGGGGUUCCUCCUGGGGACGUGUGGUGCUGCAGCACCCCACUGGUGACAGGAAGGUGGUGAUGCUCCUCUGAGGAGCACUCUGUGGCAGGGCCAGUUCAUCUCGUCCUGCUGGGGAGCUCAGGAAGGCAGCAAAGUCCAUCCACCAGCUUGGUACGGUGCAGGGCAGGCUGCAGGCUUCCAAUGGCCUCUUGCAGAGCUGGGAGCCUCCUGCUGAGUCCCUUUUAGCUUGUGCCAGAGAACACAGAGCAUCCCUGCUUCUCCCUGUGCUCGGGGCAGCUCAGGUUGUCAUUACACUGCUCACCAGCCACUUUCCUUCCCUUUGCUCCCCUGCCCUUUGUGUGUUGCAGCAUUACUGAACCUGCAGAGGCGGCUGGAGCAGCAGGUACAUGUCUCUGGGAGGCUCAGGGUAGGGGGUUUGAAAGCAUCCUGAGACCUGGGGCCAUCAGAGCUUAACGGAAGAGGUGAAGGGAUUGGAAGAUACCCAUGUUCUGGUUGGGUUUUGCAGCAUUAAACUGGGGCCCUGGGUUCCUUGUGACUGGUUCCAGGGUGGUGCACAAGCUGUGAAGUGCUUUGCAGGACUGGCUUUGAUGUGAGAGAUGCUGCUCUGGCAGCAUCAAGGGGCUGAUGGCCCUUUGAAGCCCUGGAUGGGACAGGACAGGUAGUAGGGGUAUAGCUCCAGGUCUCCUAUGGAGAAGUUCUGGCCUCAGAUGCUGCUUUUUGGGGGCUCUGAGCCAGGCAGCCUGUUACAGAC